CACACAGAGUGUAGGCACCUGUCCAGAACUUUCCAUUAUGUGGGAGAGUGCAGUGGGCAGAGGGAGGUAAUAAAAGUAGAAAGAAGUUAGCUCUGCAUAGCACUAAAAACUUGAGGGGCCCAUGAGGGGAAGGAGAACAGAGAAGUCCUGAAUUUUCUUCUUACCUCCUUAAUCAAAUAGACCAGUAAUUUCAUGGGGAAAUUCCACGGUCAUGCUUACCCAGGGCUAUUUCUUUUCUGUAAUGGAUUGUAUCAGGCCAUAGUGAUAUUCAGUGACUCACUCCAAUCUUUGUGCCCUCCCAAGAAGAAAGGGAGAUGGGCCAGGCUGUGGAAAAUAUCCUAUGAAGGUUUGCUGAAGAUAGUGGCUGGCUCUCUCUUAGUGGUUUAUGUCAACAACUGCAUUGAAGGAGGAAUAAUAUUGAUGGACAGGGAGCUGCCACCAAGGUUUCUGUACUCCAAAGAGUGGCAGCACCUCACCAUGUUCACCCUCCUCAUACUCAUGGGCUGUGUAGAUGUCAUGAGCAAGAACAUGCUCCCUCAGAGGUGUGUGGUCCUAGAAAAAGGUGCCCUGGCCCUGUCCUUCUAUGAGCUCCUGCUACUGAUGGUGUCACAUGCUAAGGGGUCCUCAGGGAUAGAGCUGCAAGUUCAUUAUCUGCUCAUCUUGGUGGUGUUCCUGCUGUUGCUGGUGUUAACUGUAGAACUCUGGGCUCCUGAGAUGUUUCAACUCUGGAUGAUGGAGACUUUGCUGAUUCUGAUCAUGGGCUCCUGGCUGAUACAGACAGGCUUUAUUCUGUACAGACCAGUCUCUGGCUACCCUUGGGACGAUGAUGACAUGAAUGAUCUCAUGUUUGUCACCACCUUCUUCUGCUGGCAUGUGAUGUUUGACGCCUUGUGUCUGUUUGGAAUCUAUGGUUUCUCUUACUUUUGGCAUCGUUGUUACUACUCCAGCUUGAAGAUGAUGGGGUCUAAAGAAGCUCCCUAUCACCAGAGCACUCCAGAGCCCCUCUACAGGCUGUUGCAGGAAAUAGAGCAGCCAGAGAAGGAAGACCAGGCUCCUCUGCUUGCAAAGAGCUCACCUCGAGAUAAGGCCUAGAGUGCCUAGCACAUACUUCACCCCAUCUGCCCUGCAAUGGAUCCUCUCAGCCACAUGUAUGGCACAUUUGUUGCUCCCCAAUGAAGGUAAUGGCCCCAAAGACCAACGGUUGAUCCCAACAAUUGCCCUGUCUGUCAUUGAGCCUCUAGUUACUGAGGACAUAGGAAGAGAAUGGCAUGGAGAAGUAACAGAUGGGACACUAUGAGUGAGGGGAAGAGGAAGAGGCAUAAGAGAACCAAGAGCAGGGAAGCAUGUAAGAAAUAACCAUGGUAGGAAGAGAACAACAGGAGGCCUCUGAAAGGAGCAGAGCAGAGUGCAGCAGGAAUGCCAUCACUAGCUGCUUCUCAAGGUUCUCACUAAGGAACAAAGAGCAAAUUGGAACUGCAAUGAUGGGUAUUUCGGUCGAUCAACUAAUUGAUUCAAAUGCAAUGUCAUAAGCAGAUUCAGCUCAACUCACACCACCCUGGAUGAAAUUAUCAGAAUCAUAUAUGUGUGUAUAUAUGUUCUAAUUUGGGUGUAUUAUCAUGGUUUCAAAUUUAUACAGCAAGUCAGAAUUAAUACUUUCAUAUUUGUCUCAAAGUUGCUGUCAAGUUGUCUCAAAGCAAACUUUCACUGAAUGCCACAUUCUCAUUCCUGUCCUCUCAUCCAGUCAAAGCAAAGUGCUCAGCUACUUAAUUGCCUACCAUCAGCCCCACCAGAGUAGACUAGAUCAUUUACUAGAUCCUGGACUCAAGCCUGCCAGAUAGUACUCUGGACAAAACCCACUGCCAGUCACAUUUUCCCUAUGCAUUGUAAUUUCAUGCCACCGUUAAGUCCCCUUAUAGAGCCACCAACAAGAGGUCUACCACCCUGAAAAUUCUCACAUAUUCCUUGAAUCUGAAUUCAUCAGCAAUUUAUCCAAAUCUGUUGUCAUUUUACCCAGGCUGCAAAUAUCCUUUUUGUCCUGUGCGUCAUAUUGUUUCUCUUGGGAGGGUAUUGCCUCACUACCUGAGAGUUAGGCUGUCUAAGAGCAAUGCAUGUAUCUCUAGUUUCCUCUGCAG